AUGGAGGACCUGGAGAAGCAGCUGUUGUGUCCCGUGUGUCUGGAGCUCUUUUCCAAACCUGUGGUGAUUCUUCCGUGUCAACACAACCUGUGCCGAAAGUGUGCGACCGACGUGCUCCAGGCCCUCAACAACUUUUUCCCGGGGGGUGUCGGGGGUGUCGGGGGGUCGGGGGUGUCGGGGUCGUCGGGGGCGUCCGGGGGGGGCAGGUUCCGUUGUCCCUCCUGUCGUCACGAGGUUCUGCUCGACCGACACGGAGUUUACGGACUCCAGCGCAACCUGCUGGUGGAAAACAUCAUCGACAUCUACAGACAACACGACAGGUCGAGUUCCGGCCCGUCGCCCGUCUUCUGUCCAGAACAUCCAGAGGAACGGAUCAACAUUUACUGCUGCAGGUGUGAGACGCCGACCUGCUCCCUCUGCAAAGUGUUCGGACCUCACAAGGACUGUGAGGUCGCACCGCUCGCCGACGUCUACCACCACAAGAAGUGUGAGUUGAGUGACGGGAUCGCAGGGCUCGUUGCCGUUAACGACCACAUCCAGGUUUUGAUCUCUCAGAUGGAGGACAUCUGCAGGACGGUCGAGGAGAACGGGCGCGGUCGUCGGGAGCUGGUGUGUCAGAGUGUGGAGGGGCUGGUGCACAUCCUGGAGCAGAGGAAGCAGGAGCUGAUCAGCCUGAUCACCGAGGAGCAGGACGAGCGGCAGAGGCACGUGCGCGCUCUCAUACGUGCGCACGGGCAGCACCUCGGGGUGGGGGUGGCCCUGGUGGAGCGAGGCAUCCACAACAUGGAGCACCCGCACAUGAGCACCUUCAUCCAGACGGCGCAAGAAAUCCUCAAAGAGAUGUCUGAGUCUGGUCUUGGACCUGAGUUGCCGCGUUUGGAGCUCGGAUUUGAAAACAUGAGUCAUUUUUCCAUCGACGUCGAAAAUCUGAGCCACAAACUACAAAACCUGCACUUCUGCCACGAAUCUGUGAAUUUCGAUGAAGACGAUGAAAACGACUCAGAGUCUGAGCUGGACUAACCCAGAAUCUAACCCCUAACCCCAGAAACAAACCCGACAAACCCCAACAAACCCAAUAAACCCGACAAACCUGACAAACCUCAACAAACCUGACAAACCCCAAUCAACCCAAUA